GCCAUCGCCUGCGAGAACGCCCUGUUGGUGGCCAUCAUCUGGUGCUCGCCCGCCCUGCGCACCCCCAUGUUCGUGCUGGUGGGCAGCCUGGCCACGGCCGACCUCCUGGCCGGCCUCGGCCUCAUCCUCAACUUCGUUUUCCAGUACGUGAUCCGCUCCGAGACGGUCAGCCUGCUGACGGUGGGCUUCCUCGUCGCCUCCUUCGCCGCCUCUGUGAGUAGCUUGCUGGCCAUCACGGUCGAUCGCUACCUCUCUCUCUACAACGCCCUCACCUACUACUCGGAGAGGACGGUGCUCUGCAUCCACACCAUGCUGGCGGGGGCCUGGGGGGUCUCCCUCUGCCUGGGGCUGCUGCCCGUCCUGGGCUGGAACUGCCUCCAUGACCGCGCCGCCUGCAGCGUCGUCAGACCCUUGACCAAGAGCAACGUGACGCUGCUGUCCGCCUCUUUCUUUCUCAUUUUCCUCAUCAUGCUCCAUCUCUACAUCGAGAUCUGCAAGAUCGUUUGCAGGCAUGCCCACCAGAUAGCUCUCCAGCAGCACUUUCUGACUGCUUCUCACUAUGUCGCCACCAAAAAAGGAGUCUCUACCCUUGCUAUAAUCCUCGGGACUUUCGGGGCCAGCUGGCUGCCUUUUGCCAUCUACUGCGUAGUGGGGGAUCCCGACUACCCUUCCGUGUACACGUACGCCACGCUUCUACCCGCUACCUACAACUCCAUGAUCAACCCCAUCAUUUACGCCUACAGAAACCAGGAAAUCCAGAGGUCCAUGUGGGUGCUCUUCUGCGGCUGCUUUCAGGCUAAAGUGUCCUUUCGCUCCCGGUCCCCCAGCGAUGUCUGA